AGAGGGAACACACGCUCUGCCACACUCAAAUAUACAUGCUCACAAAUCAGGAAAAGACUUUAGUGUGGAGCUGUGGAGUUUUAUACAUGUUAAAUGCGUGAAGGGACAACAGUGGACUGCUGAGAAACACACUGAAGGAAAUGGCUGGAAGCACCUGAAACCUGUUGCACUAAUGCGAAAGGUGAUAUUACUAUUUUGUUAUACACCCUUAUUGUACUCUUAAAAAAGGAUUUUAAUUUUGGACGUCAGAUUUCUUUGCUCUAUUUCCUCCUCGCUUUGUUGGCGUUUUUUUGUGGGAAUCCGCCGGAUUGCGUUCAUCGGAUGCAUCCACCUGCCAUGUGGAAUUUAAAGCAGUUAAGAACGGAAACCGACCCUUAAAAUGUUACUUUGUUACAAAGUAUCUGCGGGAAAUGAACUUUCGACCUUAACACGGUUUGCUCGGUGAAUGAUUGACCACUCAGUCCACGGAUGCGCGUGCUUUUCCACGCCCGUGUUUAGAAUCAUGGACUGUAUGAAUUGCACUCGCGCACUUGGAAGAAAGUGUGCUCGGGAUCUGGAAUGAAACUUCACUGUGAUUUACAGCCUUGUGGACUGUGGACAUGCUGCUGGAGCAAUUAAGGUUUCCUUUUGGGAUUUCUUCUUUCCGAAACGCAGCGAUAAAUUAAAAAAAAAAGAAAGAAAGGAAGGAAGUGGAAAAAAACUUGAGCUGAGAAAAUACUCAAGAAUUGAAAUUCAUAGCUUUCCAGUAUGAGGAAACCUGCAGACCAGCAUCAUUUCACCAUGGAGACCUCAGGGAUACACCUGGUUGGAUUUUGGCUGCAUGUCUUACUGCUGUUUCAACUGUCUGGGCUCGGAGAUUCAGCCUCUAAGGAUAUAGUGUGCGAGCCCAUCACUGUACCCAUGUGCAAAGGGAUCGGAUACAACCACACUUACAUGCCUAACCAGUUCAAUCACGACAACCAGGAUGAAGUUGGCUUAGAAGUGCACCAGUUUUGGCCACUUGUUCGAAUCCGUUGCUCCCCAGACUUGCUUUUCUUCCUGUGCAGUAUGUACACCCCCAUCUGCCUUCAGGACUACAAAAAGCCCCUGCCACCGUGCAGGUCUGUGUGUGAGAGAGCGAAGAGGGGUUGCUCCCCCCUCAUGAUCCAGUAUGGGUUUGAGUGGCCAGAGCGGAUGAGUUGUGAGCAGCUGCCUAUGCUGGGUGACACCGAUCGGCUAUGCAUGGACAGAAACAGCAGUGAAACCACAACUCUAUCACCUCCAUUCCCCAAACCCACUCCCAAGGGAACGCCACGUCACAGAGCCACUGCAAAAUCUGCUCCCCCACAAAAAUGUGAUCGGGAAUGUCAUUGCCGGGGCCCUCUGGUGCCUAUCAAAAAGGAAGCACAUCCUCUUCAUAACCGUGUGAAUACUGGCUCUCUACCUAACUGUGCACUGCCAUGCCACCAACCCUACUUUUCUCAGGAUGAGCGCACCUUCACCACCUUCUGGAUAGGCCUGUGGUCAGUGCUUUGCUUUGUGUCGACGUUCACUACAGUGGCCACUUUCCUCAUCGACAUGGAGCGCUUCAAAUAUCCAGAGCGGCCGAUUAUCUUCCUGGCUGCUUGUUAUCUGUUUGUGUCACUGGGGUACAUUGUGCGACUGCUUGCAGGUCAUGAGCGGGUGGCUUGCGAGGGUGCUGGUGACCAGCAGCACAUUCUCUACGACACCACAGGUCCUGCCCUGUGCACGCUAGUUUUUCUGCUCAUAUACUUCUUCGGAAUGGCCAGCUCCAUCUGGUGGGUGGUGCUCUCCUUCACCUGGUUUCUUGCGGCGGGGAUGAAAUGGGGGAAUGAGGCCAUAGCAGGCUACUCUCAAUACUUCCAUCUUGCGGCUUGGCUCGUCCCUAGCGUGAAGUCUAUCGCAGUCCUGGCUUUGAGCUCAGUUGAUGGAGACCCUGUGGCUGGGAUCUGUUAUGUGGGCAACCAGAACUUGGAGGGCCUACGAGGCUUUGUGUUGGCACCACUGGUCGUCUACCUCUUCACUGGCUCACUCUUCCUCCUGGCUGGCUUCGUUUCACUCUUCCGCAUUCGUAGUGUCAUUAAACAAGGUGGCACUAAGACGGACAAGCUAGAGAAGUUAAUGAUCCGGAUUGGACUUUUCACUGUUCUGUACACUGUACCUGCCACUAUUGUAGUGGCGUGCCUGGUGUAUGAGCAACAUUACAGGCCAAGUUGGGAGCGUGCGCUGGCCUGUUCUUGCCUAUCUGAGCGCCAAAGACUAGGCAUGGGCCCAGACUAUGCCGUCUUCAUGCUCAAGUACUUCAUGUGUCUUGUUGUAGGCAUUACCUCAGGUGUUUGGAUCUGGUCAGGGAAGACUCUUGAGUCCUGGAGGCGCUUUAUUGCACGGUACGUCCCAUGUAGGACCCGGAAGCCACCUGUUUCAGCCUCAUCCAUGUACAGUGAGGCAAGCACAGCUCUCACAGCCCGAGCUGGGACAGCACCCACUGGGACCUAUCACAAAUCAGCACCCUCAUCACACGUCUGAACAUAAUACACAUUAAAAACACCACAGGUGUGCAGGUCAUGACUCUGAAUGAGCAGGUGUCUAUUCACACCGGAUUUGAUGGAUGGCAUGGAUAUAUUAUGAAGGAUUUUAACAGACUAUUCAUUGUUUGGUUUUAGUCAAGCUCUUUUCAUUCACCACUAGUCUAAACUGAAUUAACAAGUUUAUACAUUGUGAGGAUCAUUUGUCUUCUUUGCAAUUGUCGCAAGAAUCUCAGCCAGAGCCUGUGGCUUUAAGAUUAUGAAUGAUGGAGAAAAAAAAACAAUCUGAGAAGAUCAAUACUUAAUAUGAGCCGAGACAAUUUGAGAUGUUUUAUUUAUUUGUAUAUUCUUGUAAAUACGUUAUUAAGGAACGUUGUGAUAUCCAAGAAAAGUUGCUCUGUUGUGUUGUUGGUCAGAAUUUUUCCAAGAUGUCCGUAGGAUGUUUUGAUCCAUAAUUUUUUGAAAAAUACCAUUUUCAGUUAUCUAAUAUACAAAUGUGAUUUAGGAGAGGUAAACAGAUGAUUUCAUGUAUUCCUUGUAAACAAGGACAACACUUAAGGGUAACACUUUAUUUUGAUGGUCCAUUUUGCACAUUUUGUUGACCAAUUACUUUUAAUUUGAGUAUUAGUAGACUGUCUGCUUAAUAUCUGUUGAUACUGCUCCUUCAACAGACAUUUAACUGACUAUAAGAAACUUUGCAAGUACAUGUCAAUUUACACUAACCCUAACAGUCAAUUUAUAAUCUAUUGAGAAUUAGUUGGCAUGUAGAUGCAAUGCGAUUUGAAAUGGGACCAUCAAAAUAAAGUGUGACCUACUUACUGUGCAAAUGGUGUAAUAAUGCAAGAGUAGUUUCCACUUUUUGGGUCACUACAGGCAGUUCUAGACAACUUCAAGUUUUUUUGGGAUCCUUCAACAGCUUUUUAGUAGGUUGUCUGUUUAUGUUUAUCAAAGUUCUUUCUCAUCUGAUAAUGGAUUGUUGGUUAUUAUCUACUGGGCAGUGUUGAAUGAAAGCGUGUUCAUGUAUCAUCUAUAGCAGGGGUCACCAAUCUCGUUCCUGGAGGUCCGGUGCCCUGCAGGGUUUAGCUCCAACUUGCCUCAACACACCUGCCUGGGUGUUUCAAGUAUACCUAGUAGAUCCUUGAUUAGCUUGUUCAGGUGUGUUUGAUUAGGGUUGGAGCUAAAAUCUGCUGCACACCGGACCUCCAGGAACAAGCUUGGUGAUCCCUGAUCUAUAGAGUUGAGUGGAGAGUGUGUAGGUCUAUGAAGUGAGCUUGACUUCCCUCUUGUGGUCAAUGGCUUAACUUUUUCAAGAGUUCAAGCAUUAACCGGCACUGAAUAGUCAUUGCUGUCUAGGGUUUCAAAACAACAUGGAACUAUGUCAGGUCAGUUUUGAAAGACUUUCAUCUCUGUGUCAGUCUUUGGUUAUAACGUACGUCCUUUCACCAUAUUUGUGUUUUCAGUCAGAAAACCAGUGUAGGGUAUGCACUUUGAACAGACAGAAUCUGUAAACCCGUGUUGGUUUUGUAGAUCUGUGUGAAAUCUUUCAGUUAAGGUGUAAAUGUAAGCAUUGUUUGGCUUCUUUUUUUAUACCGUCCACGCUGUUGUAGAAAUAAUCUGAAUGUGUAGUCUUCAAAACGCCUCACAAUGUUGCGGCACGUCUGGUUGUGUGUACAUACUUGUUUGGUUCUACUCAUUUGUAAAUCUUGUAGAAGACAUGUACUUUAAAGAGUCCAGACUGCAACUUUGUACAUAUGUUUUGUAAAAGAGAUGAAAUCCAGUGCUACAAUUUUAAAGAGAUUCUUAGAUAUUUAUGAAAAGUGUCUUUUACAUGUUUCUUUUGUUUCUCUUACUGGUAGAGAAUAAAAGUGAGGAGCAAAUUUGUCAACCUUCAAGUCAAA